AUGAGGCGGUGUCGCGUGCGCAGCGCUGCCGCCCGGCAGCCCCAGAGUCGCGGGUUCGCGCCCGCCCGUGCAAGCGUCCUAGCGCGCCGGCUGCCGUGCCGCGCGCGCAUUCACCUCCUUGCCAGAGGAGCCGCCCUGGGCGAGUGCCCGGCCCCAGCGAUCCUGUUCAGGAGGCAGUGGAAAGCGCAGAGGCAGCAGGAGGGAAGAUGUCUCUACGUGAUCCUGCUGAUGGCCCUCUUCCUGUGGAUCCUGCCGUCUAACAAAGUUUGCCCGCAGUAUUUCCUAGACACCAACUUCCUCUUUCUCAGUGGCCUCAUCAUGGCAUCUGCCAUCGAGGAGUGGAACCUCCACCGCAGGAUUGCCCUCCGCGUCCUCAUGCUAGUGGGCGUCCAGCCCGCCAGACUAAUUUUAGGAAUGAUGUUGACAACGUCUUUCCUGUCCAUGUGGUUAAGUAAUACUGCCUCCACUGCUAUGAUGCUUCCAAUUGCAAAUGCAAUUUUGAAAAGCCUCUUUGGGGAGAAAGCCACAUCUAAAGAUCUGAACAGGGAAAAUGAAGAAAACCAAGGUAACUGAGAGAGGGCAAUAGUAGAAGCAAUCUGAGGUCUUCACUGGUGCCAGCAAAUUUG